GUUCCCACCACCGUAGCCUUCCCAACCUAAUGGGGGUGGCCCUCAAUCCACAUCUCAGCAGUGCAGUAAGUGACGGGUCGACUCGGACGCCUUCAGUCAUUCAGUCAUCCAGCUGUAACCUUUUUUCACACUCUCUUUUAUUUUUUGCCAUCCCGGACUGAAGUCCGAUGUAACUAUAAAGACCUUGAUGUCCGCUUCUCUCCUCCCCCCUUUCAUUUUAAAAUCAUCAAGCCAAAGUGCACCAUCACCAAGCCUCAUCAACCAAGCCACCUCCAAACAAUCUCCACGUUGCUGGCCAUUGUUCACUACAGGCUCUCAACUAGGCUGGGGAAAUUGUCAACACCUCCACACUCGGUAGAGGUCAUCAAACAACAGAAACUGCCAUACCAACAUUCCACGAGGAAGGAAUCCCGCGCAGAUUGCCAUCCUCCGGGAACUAAACGGUCGUACCUGCAGAUCCGCCGAGAUCCACGUCUCCGCCGUCUGCCAUUUUGGAUUCCUGCCACCACCACCACCACCAUAACCACAAACCACACAACGCAACCCCCUCUCUCACUUGUUACGCCAAUCCUGCCUGGUCUCGCCUUGGCUGCCCCUCAGCAAAAGAAACGGUACAGACAGGGAGAGUGAGAAGGUUAUUCAACCAAAGGCGCGACAUUUGUCACGCCAAUUCCAGUUGGCCCCUCCAGGGCAAGCCUCGGCCAGUGCACUCGUACCAAGCAACGCACGGCAGCUGCUCAUCUCCUCCUCCCACACGCCGGCAAGACAAGCCGCGCUCGGAAAUUUCGCGUCCUCCCUUGUCAUAAAGCCAAGACCAAGGCUACUUGACUUCUGCAACCCCCGCCGCCGCCACACAUCCUUUCCUCCUUAAAGGUGCUUUCCCUUGAGCUUGCUCUACCGAACUAGACAGGCUCGGCUCCCUUACCAUCGUUGCAUAUUUUAUAUAACCACUGGCCAACCGGACUCUUCCUUCUCGGUUUAUCUCACUUCGCCAUGCUCUCCAUCCACCCUCAGGAACUUCCGCAACUCUACAACUUCUCUUACCGCCCACUCUCAUACCCGCCAUCAUCCCAAAUGCCUUUCAUCACAGGUAACUGCAGCGGCUUGUGCGGCGUCUCGCCGUCGGAUCACAGCAAGAUGCACCACGUAUCGCACGAUCACCAACGCUCCCACUCUCAACAUCAGCAACUGCAACAGGAUACCAGCGUUGCACAAGCAUUGGAGAUCGCAAGAGAAAGCCCCGACGGAGCCAGCAACUCUACGAUUUCCAGCAUACUAGAAAGGGCACUUUCUCAACUAUGGUCCAAAGUCGAAGCCCAGCCCGACAGUUACGUUCUCACACGCGACGAGUUUGCCGUGUUCAACUACUUCCAGCACCGCUUCAGAGACAACCAAACAGCCAGGGCUGCUCGCUGCCGCUAUUGGGACAACAUGUCCGCAUAGCAUAGCAUAGCAUAGCAUCGCCUACCAUACUGCUCCUCUUUUACUUUUUCGACGCACUUGGCCUAUUCACGCAUUCAGCAACGCCACUAGUCGAAGCUUAUUAUUUCACCGUCCACCCAUUUUCGAUACAACAUAUACGACGUGUUGGUUUUGACUUUUGGUUCUUUUUCUUACUCGUUUCUUUUGAACUACUACUGGGUGGAUGCAUUGUUUUUAUGAUACCCACGACGGACAUCUUCAUUGGUCUUUGUUAUUAUUUCUGUCGUUUCGCAAUUGCUUUCUUCAAACAUGGGUGGUUUUUCUCAGAAGCGGUACAUGGAUUCGACGUUUAAGCUUUUUUAUUCUCGCAGUGGUGGCCGGCCACUUUCGACUGUACAAUACAAUAUAGCCAAUGAGACUUGAUUGAGAAA